ACAUUAAAAUCCUUUUAAAUUCAGUAUUGAAUAUAACAAAAAACGAAAUUUGUGAAUUUGAUUAAAGAGUUCCAUAUGUCCAUUGCAUUUAAUUUUUUAUCAAUUCAUCAGAAAUGCAAUGCAUUCACAACGCGAAAUACUAGAUAUAAUUAACGAAUUUAUUGGAAGAAUGUGCAAAUUCGAAAAAACGAUUAGAUAAGACAUCAGGCGCAAAUUUAAAUUGUUCUCUUAAAACAUAAAUUUAUACUAAAUUUCGAAAUCAACAGUUUAAGUAUUAGAUUUUAUAACGAGCAUAUUUUGUUCAAUUUUUUAUUUCUCAUAGGAAAUAAAAUCAUAUACACACUGUUGGGACAAAAUCAAAAACCGUGAACGUAUUGUGUUAUCCAUUGAAAAUGUUCGUGGCUACGUAGUUCAAUGUGCACGUUAAGGCGCUAGUAGUUGGCCAUUUAAAACGCGGACAUGUUUACUGCUCCACUCUCAGGCUUCUCUCUGAUAAUAAUAUCAGUGCACAAGCUUAUAAGAUAAAUUUAUUGCGGAUAGUCGCCGGUCGCCGCGCGUGCCGCGUUGCAUUACACGACCGUGCAUUAGUUGCAUAUUAGUCACAUUCCAGUGAUUCCAUGAUCCACCACUGACAUUCCUCUUUUAUUUGAUAUAAAUAAAAGAGCUGCCACAAUGCUGCUAGUGGUUCAUGCAAUUCUAUUAAAUUUAUUGUUCGCGUUUUUUGUGUUUGGUAAUCCCGAGGAAGAACAAGGGGUUAAGUAUGCCAACAAAUGCGAAGUGUGUAAAGUUCUGGCGACAGAACUUGAGGCUAGGUUAGAUGAGACAGGAAAGACACGUGACGUGUUAGAGAUUGGAUAUUCAGUCGAUGCGCCGAAGAAGAAAAAGGAAUAUAAGAAGUCAGAGCUGCGAUUAGUGGAGUCAAUGGAAAAUGUUUGCGAGCGCAUAUUGGAAUACAAUAUACACAAGGAACGUUCAGACAGUACGAGAUUUGCAAAGGGAAUGAGUCAAACGUUCAAAACGUUGCAUGGCCUCGUGGAUAGAGGAGUUAAAGUAGACUUGGGUAUCCCCUACGAGCUGUGGGACAAGCCAUCAGUAGAGAUAACCACUUUAAAAACGCAGUGCGAAGAUUUGUUGGAAAAUUAUGAAGCUGACAUUGAAACCUGGUAUCACAAUCAUCAAGGAAAGAUUCCUUUAAUUAGAUAUUUAUGUUCCGAUCGUGCAUUGAAAGGACAAAAUGAUUCUUGUCUGUAUGAAAUAAUCGAGAAAGAUGUUAAGAAACAAAAGGAAAAGAAAAAGAUAUCGAAGGAAGAUAGUCGAGAAAGUACGAAGGACAAUUCUCAGAAUGCGAAGCAAGAAUUAUAAGGCUACGUGAAUAAUCGAACAAAUUCAUGUAAUCUCUUAUAUUAAUGAAUUAAACAGAAACGUGUUCCUAAGUCCGAUAGAAAUUUAAUAGAUUUCCAAUCCUGUUUACGAGUAAUUUGUAAUUAUCAUCAUAUGCAGUUAUAUACUUGGAUAUAUAUGUGCCAUAUUUGUUGUACUGUUGGAAAUUUUCUAAUAAACUUUUAUAUAUUUUA